AUGCUCAUCCGGAGGCGCUUUGGUAGUGCGUCCAGAAUGUUACAAACUGGCCCGUGGUCACACGCUUGCAGUGGCACCAGCCAGGACUCCCUACUGCACAGCAAUUGCUGCGCCCGGCAAGGACGACCUCUGGCGUCCCGCUUAGGAUGCGCAGCGGCGUGUGUCUGGGACCAUCCCCGCGACCCCCGACUACAUCCAGAUGCCCAAGGACUUGGGUGCAGAGUUCAGAGAGACAUGGGGCCACUGGCCCAGCCCUUAGGUCCGAAGGCGACAGCUGACCCGGCUUCUGUCCCACAAUUGUCCUCUGGGGCGGUGGCCGAGGACAGCAGCGCCCUGGAGGAGCUCGCCACUGAGAAGGAGGCGGAGGAGAGCCACCGGCAGGAUAGCGUGAGUCUGCUCACCUUCAUCCUGCUGCUCACGCUCACCAUCCUCACCAUCUGGCUCUUCAAGCACCGCCGGGUGCGCUUCCUGCACGAGACUGGGCUGGCCAUGAUCUAUGGACUCAUCGUUGGGGUAAUCCUGAGAUAUGGCACCCCUGCCACCAGUGGCCAUGACAAGUCCCUCAGCUGCACGCAGGAAGACAGGGCUUUCAGCACCUUAUUAGUGAAUGUCAGUGGGAAAUUCUUCGAAUAUACCCUGAAAGGAGAAAUUAGUCCUGGCAAGAUCAACAAUGUAGAGCAGAAUGACAUGCUGAGGAAGGUAACAUUUGAUCCAGAGGUGUUUUUUAAUAUUCUGCUGCCUCCAAUUAUAUUUCAUGCUGGGUACAGUUUAAAAAAGAGACACUUUUUCAGGAAUCUUGGGUCCAUUCUAGCCUAUGCCUUCUUGGGGACUGCUGUUUCCUGUUUCAUUAUUGGAAAUCUCAUGUAUGGUGUGGUGAAGCUCAUGAAGAUUGUGGGUCAGCUCUCUGAUAAAUUCUACUACACAGACUGUCUCUUUUUUGGAGCCAUUAUCUCUGCCACUGACCCAGUUACUGUGCUGGCAAUAUUUAAUGAAUUGCAUGCAGACGUGGACCUUUAUGCACUUCUCUUUGGAGAAAGCGUCCUAAAUGAUGCCGUUGCCAUCGUCCUGUCCUCGUCUAUUGUUGCCUACCAGCCAGCGGGACUGAACACUCAUGCCUUUGAUGCUGCUGCUUUUUUUAAGUCAGUUGGCAUUUUUCUAGGUAUAUUUAGUGGCUCUUUUACCAUGGGAGCUGUGACUGGUGUUGUGACUGCCCUAGUGACCAAAUUUACCAAGCUGCACUGCUUCCCGCUGCUGGAGACCGCGCUCUUCUUCCUGAUGUCCUGGAGCACGUUUCUCUUGGCAGAAGCCUGUGGGUUUACAGGUGUCGUAGCUGUACUUUUCUGUGGAAUCACACAAGCUCAUUACACCUACAACAACCUGUCCGUGGAAUCCAGAAGUCGGACCAAGCAGCUUUUUGAAGUGUUGCACUUCCUGGCAGAGAACUUCAUCUUCUCCUACAUGGGCUUGGCGCUAUUUACCUUCCAGAAGCACGUUUUCAGUCCCGUUUUCAUCAUUGGCGCUUUUGUCGCCAUCUUCCUGGGCAGAGCUGCACAUGUCUACCCACUCUCCUUCUUCCUCAACUUGGGCAGGAGGCAUAAGAUUGGCUGGAAUUUCCAACACAUGAUGAUGUUUUCAGGCCUCCGGGGAGCAAUGGCAUUUGCGUUGGCCAUCCGAGACACAGCCUCCUAUGCUCGCCAGAUGAUGUUCACAACCACCCUCCUCAUCGUCUUCUUCACAGUCUGGAUCAUUGGUGGAGGCACGACACCCAUGCUGUCCUGGCUUAACAUAAGAGUUGGCGUUGAGGAGCACUCCGAAGAGGACCAGAAUGAACAUCACUGGCUGUACUUCAGAGUUGGCGUUGACCCAGAUCAAGACCCACCACCCAACAAUGACAGCUUUCAAGUCUUACAAGGGGAUGGUCCAGAUUCUGCCAGAGGAAACCGGACAAAGCAGGAGAGUGCGUGGAUAUUCAGGCUGUGGUACAGUUUUGACCACAAUUAUUUGAAGCCCAUCCUCACACACAGUGGCCCCCCAUUAACUACCACUCUCCCAGCCUGGUGUGGCUUGCUGGCUCGAUGUCUGACGAGUCCCCAGGUGUAUAACAACCAAGAGCCACUGCGAGAGGAAGACUCCGAUUUCAUCCUGACUGAAGGCGACCUCACUCUGACCUACGGGGACAGCACAGUGACUGCGAAUGGCUCCUCAGGCUCCCACACAACCUCUAGGAGCCUUGAGGGCAGCCGCAGAACCAAGAGCAGCUCCGAGGAAGUGCUGGAACGAGACCUGGGAAUGGAGGAGCAGAAGAUUCCCAGCCGGGGCACCCGCUUAGUGUUUCCUCUGGAAGAUAAUGCAUGACUUUCCCCCCGCCUCUGAAGCAAUGGGGUAGGCCCACCGGUGGGUGAGGAUGGCCACAGGGCCCAGUGUUGUUUGAGGUGGGGUCUUGACGGAACUGAACUAAUGCUUCUAUUUGAAUGGGGUCUGAAGAUAAUCUUAACCUUUACAAUUUAACCCAGAAGGAAACGGUGGGGCUCCAGUGUUUCUAAAUCAAGACAAAUGCCACCCUAUUCUCACUUUUUCACAUAGUAGUAUGCAAUUUGAGUUAAACAAACCGACACAAAGCAUGCUGUAACAAUCUCUUAAUGCAUUCACCUGCAGUAUCUGAAGGAGGUGAGGCAGGUGUUGUGAAUUCCUCCCAGGAGAGGCUUCAUGUUAAUACAAGGCAGCGCCAGUCUAGCUGGGGCUGUAGAAGGGGAAGUUAGGGGAGAACAGGCUAGGAGAAAAAUCACAAAGGAAAGCAAUUGAGGUUGCGCCUCCAAGGAGGGGGGGAAACUGGUGUUAAACAUGGGACAACUUGCGCGAGGCUCGAGAGACAAAGGCUGUAGGACUGCAACCUGGCAUCAGUCCUCCUGGCUGUCAGGCCGGCUCUGUUCCCGCUGGACUAAAACUGGAAAAUCUUAUCCGUGACCAUUUCAACAUGGGUGAAAUCUUUGUGGUUCGUUCUCUGGAAAUCUCCACAGAGAAGUAGUUACUGAAAUGUUUAAAACUAAAGGCAAAAGGAUUACGCUGUUGAUUUUUAAAAAUGAAUCUGAGGCCAGAACGUAUUUGGACAAUAACCGCUGAUGAUAACACUGCAAAAAGAAUCUGACCCUUGAGAGCCAUCAGAGGAAGUGACACUUUCAGGUCUAAAUUUGGCCCCUAGGAUAGGACAGGACAAAUUUUUAAUAGGACAGAUCUCCACUGUGGAUUUAGAAAUUACACUAAAAUUAUGGGAUGCCUUAUUCAACCCAAGAAGUACAGGCUUAUAUUAACGGAAAGAGCUCUCACAGCAAACAAAUAAAUCCAUAACUGCAAA